AGUUUGAGAAAAGUGAUCCGAUUAGAGAUCAGCAGAGCUGAAAAUUAAUGGAAUAGAAUUAAGUGGAUAUUGGCAACGAAAUUGUGUGGAGGCCAUGCUUACCUUCUCAGGCUACUUCCAGCGACUAAAGCAAAAGGACAAAAAGGGAUGAAAGAUAAGUCAACACUUUCUUCUGUUUAAGACUCUCUCCUUAUUGCUCUGUUUUAGUUCUGUCCAAAUGACUCCUAAUUGACACUUGUUGCUGUUAAAAAGUAAACUACAUAAUAAUCUAUCUAUCUAUCAAACCUAAGCUGAUUUCAACAUUGCUCUUAGAUAUUGUUACCAUAAACCAGAGACAAAAAAAAAUUAAUAAUGUUCAUUAGCUCUUAAGUAUUGGUCUCAUACCAGGUUGCACUUCCAGUUUGUAAAGUGACAAUUGGUAUAUGUAUAAUAACUCAAUACGUAUGUUGCGUUUUGGAAUAGUAAACCAUUUUAUGAAUUUUAAAAGCUGAUAUUGACUGACAAUCUGAUGAGGAAAUAAACCGACUGAACCAAGUCAACAACCCAAAGCGUGUUCCACUGACUUGUGUCCCAACCUUUCUUCAAAAUCUUGAACCAGUCUUUGUUUCACAUCUCCCUUGUGCCGUGAGUUAUGGUUCCAAAGACAGUUUCCUCAAAGACUUAAUGGACCUCCAACCAAACUUCGACAUCAUAAAGCUUCACCGAUCUUUCAGGUUCUAACAGCUUUUACUCUUCACGAUCUUUGUCUCGAUGUAAUAAUCUUUCGUGAUCCUUUCUUCCCACGCAAAAAAAAAAACAAACCAAGUUUUUAGGGUUUCACCAUUUGUCAACGACAUGGACGAAGAAUCUGCUUCUAACGGCUCCAUCUUCAGCAGAAACUUUGAAGGAGAAGACAUGAUGGGGAAAGUAAUCGUCUUCGCAAUCGUAUCCCUCUUCACAGCGACUCUGUUCCUCCUCUUGCUUCAUCUCUACGCUAGGCUCUUCUGGUGGCGUGUCGAACACAAUCUCAGCCUAAACCAAACCCAGCCCGACACUCCUGGCUCCACAGUCAUCGGCCGUAACAACCAACGACGUCGUUUCGUCUUCGCCCAAGGCCAAGAAGAUCCUCCUCGCCACGCCGGUCUCGACUCUACGAUCCUCCACUCGAUACCGAUCCUUGUUUUCAAGUCUCGCGACUUCGGAGACGGGCUAGAAUGCGCUGUUUGUCUCUCUCACCUCGUUGACGGGGACAAAGCUAGGGUUUUGCCAGGGUGUAACCAUGGGUUCCAUGUUGAUUGUAUCGACAUGUGGUUUCAAUCUCAUUCCACUUGUCCUCUCUGUAGAAACACCGUUGGUUCUGUUGAAGAGACAGGACAUGGAGGAAGUGAGGGUUUGUUGUCUCAAAAUCAAAACUUUGAAUCUGGGCAUUCGUCUCAAGAUCAGAGCUCUGUUCUUGGGUUUCCGACAGAACCUCAGAACUUCCCGACAAAUGUACUAGUUUGGGGAGAUCACGAUCAAGUUAGAAGUGCAGGUCUUGGUUCUAAUGAUCAUCAACACGAAUCUAAUAGUACCAAUAACUGUAACAGAGCACAAGAAGUAACGGCGGUUGUGGUGGAUAUUCCAGUGAGUUCAAGUGAGAACUUAUCGGAGAGAAUCGAAGAAGAAGAAGAAGAACCUAAGUCACCGAUGUUCACAAGGUUAAGAUCACUUAAGAAGUUGUUGAGUAGAGAGAAGAAAGGUGCUGUUUGCAUUAAUGGUUCAAGCGGUACCAAUAACAGCAAUGUUUGAAAUAAUAGCCAAUCUUGAAUCCAUUCAAGAAUUUAUGUUUUGGUGUGUUUUACGCUAAGUGUGACAUAUAUAGUUUGAUUCAAAUCAACAUUACUAUAGAUGAUUGAUUAAACAAUGCUUGCUACACAAUGGAGUCAAAUUCCAGUGAGUUCAUGGCUAGUCUAUUCUUUCAUAUAUACCAUAUAAUCCAUAGGAAAGAAUCAGAAUCGAUUUCCUUCGGAGCCCUCCAAAACAGAUAAUUUAGAUUAGUGUAAAUCGAAGAGGCUGAGAAGAUCCCAAGGCGGGAAGGGAUUCUUGAUAAAACCCAUGUUUGUAAUAUCGUCAUGUCGG